CCCGUGCAGCAGUUGGCAGCAAAACCCAAAGGACCCCUUGCGAGGAAAAGCGGCGGAUGUGUUUACACUGAAUCCGACAACAAAAGGAGCAAGUCUGUCGUUUCAAAAGGGUUUUUUUGUACUUAUCACAAAACAGAAAAGGCUGCGGUUUGUAUGUCUAGUCAGCUCCGCAUCAUGUCCGCCGAUCUGGAUCUUUCUCCUCCGGAGGUCCCUGAACCCACUUUCUUCGAGAGCCUCCUGCGUUAUGGAUUAUUUCUAGGGGCCGUUUUUCAGCUCAUCUGUAUUUUAGCUAUAAUCAUACCCACGACCAAGAGCCACGAACAGGUGGAGACGCCGGAGCCGGCUGACGCUCGCAGCUUUGAGCAGAACCGAAAGCCAAAGGGACCUGUUCAACAAAUCCGACAGAAACUGAAAAAGGAGAGCAAGAAGAAGAGAUAGAUAGAUAGAGAGUGUGUGUGUGUGUGUGUGUGUGCGCGCAUCUGUCCGACAAACUCACUAAUGACGGAUUCCCUUACAGCAUUAGAGGACGUGGAUCGAACAAGAUAUUGUUCAGUUCAUCCAUUAGAUCGUCUGGUUUGAGUUUGGAGUUUGCCACAUCUCUAGACAGUCUUGUUUGUCUUUAUAUAUGUCACAUUGUUUAUAAGCCAUCUUUGGUGUUAUUUUUAUGCCAAUUUCAAGUACAUUUGUAUGAAUAAACUGACAACUUUUUUUUCUGA